AGCCUGAGCUUGUGCGCGCGCUUCGGAGCGCCGCUCCCGGGGACGCGCAGCGGAGGCGAGCAGAGAGCAGCAGCAGCAGCAGCAUUUCUCCAGCAGAGCAGGGUUCAAGUCACAGGCGCUGCAGUUUGUCCAAAGCCGGGCAAGAAACAAGAGUUUAUUUUAAACAGGAAUAAACAAAUAAAAGCUGCGCGACGAUCAGAGGAGGAGAGACGGAAACAAGCAGAGAGCAGCGGGAUUCCCUGACCGAGUAAGGGACACCGUCGGUUCCGCCUGCCAGGAUGUGUGGUGUGGAUGUGGACCUGGACGACGGCGGCUCAGCGGACGAGGAGAAGGAGGAGGAGUUCUGGGUGGGGGACGCGGUGAAGAUGCUGCCCCCCCCAAUGGCGCACAGUGACGGCAGCGCGUGGGGCGGCCGCAGGGGAGCGUGUGGCUCGGCGGCCUGCGGGGCGGUUCUGGUCCUCUGGAACCUGUGCGUGGUGUCGGCCAGCGCUCUGCUGCUGGCGCUGGUCUUCUCUGUGGUGCUUCUGCCUGCAGCGCUGCUGCUGUACGCCGGCUUCCUCUGCCACUCCAGAAUCCUCGACGCCCCGGCAGCUAUCUGCCGCUACCUCGACGACAACAGCUGCUCCGCCCUCAUCAUCCUGGGCUUUGUGAUAAUGUCGCCCCUCGUAGUUUUGGCGGCGGCGGUUUUCUGCGGGCUGCUGAGGAAGUUCCGGCUCCUUCUUUUCCUCCAGCCGCUCUCCAGGGCGCGGUACCGAGGGAGGCUGCUGGACUGGGUGGGAAGAGUCCAGGCCUGGGUGUGACGGGCGAGGCUCAGGGUUGGUGUGCGGAGAGUGAGGAGUUGAAUGGUGAAGAGUGAUAGAGGACAAUAAAACAUGUAAAAAGUACUCAAAAGAAAAUUCAACUAUAAACCUAUACAUAAAUAAAUAAAUCCUGUUAUAUUAUUUAUAAAUUAAGCACAGUCCAUUGUCAGUGAUGCCUUGCAGUUCCUGCUGAGUUUGCAGCAACACAAACUCCUAGUUAAAUCAUUUUGUUAUUCAAACUCAACGGUUUCCAUUCCACUGAUCACCUCCAACCAUCUAAAGCCUGUUAGUUUUCUGAACUUUACAUCAGAUCCUCUGGAUUUCCUGUUUUCUCUGUGCCUAAGCUUCAGUUUAUUCAGUUCCUCUUCUACUCUUUUGACUAAUGAGACUCGCAUUUUCUUGCUUGGCUGUAGCUUUCAGAGUAAGUCUAAAAUCUUUUGAAUUCAGACAAGUCCAACCUACUGUCUUCUUUUCUACACAAUAACAACAUGUAGCAGAAAGAAUUGUGUUUAUGUUCACAGACUUCCAGGAUGCUAUUGAUUAUUUAUGGUAGCUCAGACAGCGCUUCUCGCUAAAUUAAUUUUGUACCUAUAGGACAUAUUGCUCUAUUCAUUCGCUAGAAAAGCACUACAGUAUUUCAUCUUGCUGUCUAAAAAUUACAUAAUGAACACUGUUAUAUGUGUUUUAAAUUAAGUUAAGUGAUUGUGUGAUUUAUUAGAAAACAGGAUUGUUUCUGAGUUUACUGCAGCAGCUCCUACACGAAUAUUAAAAUAAACAUACUUUCAUGGUCUAAAAUAUUUCUUUUGAUUAACUUUUUUAUUGUUGCUGGUUUUUCUGAAUGUCUAAGUCGUGACUCUGACAAAAUACAAACAGAAUCCACUUUAAAUCCCAAAUGGAAAGAGGGUGAUUUUUGAAAAUUGGUUGUUAUUUGCUUCCUUCAGCAAGCGCAACAAAGUUUUAUUUUAGAAAAUGUUGACAAAAACAACAAGUAUGGGGGAGAAUAAGUUUUAACAACUGAUGAUGGUUUUAGCCAUUUAUUAACAAAUGUAAAGCUAAAAUUUAAAGAGGCUGUCUAGUCAGAGUUAAUUCGUAAAGUUGCUCAGUUGUUGAUGGUGUAAACUUUGAAGGUAAAUGAGUAACGGGUGAUUUCAUGGCAUUGUGAAAGUUUCAUUU